CAACAAUCGUAAACAAAUAGAAUUAGAAUAGACUUUAUUUUUUUACUAACUUGUAUCGAAUCGAUAAUAUUCAUCUCCAAGAGUAACAAUAAUCAACAACAAAUGGAAUUGGAGCAGUACAACGUGAAUGAUUGAUAAAACUAACUGCCGAAAUGUUAGAAAUGGACGUUCGUACCCAAAAAUUGGAACAACAGAGGCAAAUAAUGGAGCAAAAGAUGAAACAGAAGCGACUCACGUCGGGCAUGAUCCACGUUUCCGAUGUACGUACGACUUCAGCGAAAACCAGAAGCAAUUCGAAUAUGACCAGAAGAGAUUUACACGGCUACGAUGGCCCUCUACAAUACGCCAUGGGCAGCGACAACAAUCCCGAUCAAGUUAUCUCGAUCUUACCGAGCUCAGACAGCACGGACGACGAUUUCAACGGCGCCUCGAACGACCUAAUGGACGUCGAAGACGACGAAUCCUCCCCGGUGGCCUCGACGCCCAACGACAACGGCAACGUCCCGGUGAAUCCCAUACCCGACAAACCGAAAUUCAUACACCAAACGAACGGGGUAAGCUUUCAUCAAGCAAUCGAUUUAUCCCAUCUCACAGUCGAUUUUCCCCAUCGAAAGGCCACCGAAAUCGAAGGCGACAUCGAAGGCAACGUGGAGAAGUUCAUCUUGCAACCCGCCCAAUUGAAAGUGCUGUAUAAAUGUCGGAUAACGAGAGACAGGAAAGGCAUGGACAGGGGGAUGUAUCCCACUUACUACCUCCAUUUAGAGAAGGACUAUGGGAAGAAAGUGUUUCUACUAGCGGCGAGGAAGAGGAAAAAGAGCGCUACCAGCAACUACCUUAUAUCUACCGAUCCUACAGAUUUAUCCAGGAACGCGGAAUCUUUCGUCGGUAAACUACGAUCGAACUUGAUCGGUACCCAUUUCACCGUAUACGACAACGGGGUGUCACCGCGCAAAGCCAACUUGAAGGAAGGCAUCAUCCCGAGACAGGAAUUGGCCUCCGUCAUCUACGAUACCAACGUGUUGGGCUUCAAGGGCCCCCGCAAGAUGACCGUCAUCAUACCGGGAAUGGUCGACGAGCAACGAGUCACGAUCUAUCCGCAAGACGACAGCGAAGGUUUGAUCGAAUCGUGGAAAGCGAAGAACAUGGAUAACAUAAUCGAAUUGCAUAAUAAGACGCCGGUGUGGAACGAUGAGACUCAGUCGUACGUGUUGAAUUUCCACGGUAGGGUUACGCAGGCUUCGGUUAAGAACUUUCAAAUCGUUCACGAUAGCGAUGUUGAUUAUGUGGUGAUGCAAUUCGGUAGGGUGGCCGAGGACGUGUUCACCAUGGAUUACAGGUAUCCUUUGUGCGCCUUGCAGGCUUUUGCGAUCGCUUUGAGCAGCUUCGAUAGCAAAUUGGCGUGCGAAUGAAGCGGUGCUUGAAAACGUUCCGUAUGUGCCUCGGAUAAUUCGAACCGAAUGUCGAGCUUACAUUGUGAGUUGUAUGUAGAUUUUAAGAUUUUUAUAAACCGUUUAUAGUUAAGGAUUUUAUUGAUUUUUUUACGUUUUUCGCUUAUACGGGAAUUGAUGUUUUUGAGGAGUUUAGAAAUGUUGGAUUGUUUCUAGCGACUGUAUGUUGAGUUUUACUCUUUUUUUUAUACUGUUUAAUUUACAUUUGUUAGUGUUUUACGAAUGCAAAAUUCUACAUACAGUUUCCAUGCAAUGGAGAGGAGUACAAUGUGUUUUUAAUUGAGUAGAAAUAAGUCAUUAGAACUUAAAGCAGUUUUCAGUUGCUAAAAAUAUUCGAUAUUUUAUAUCCAUUAUAUCCUCUCCAUUAUUUAUCCACACAAAUUCUAUUAGCACAAAAGUACUUUCAGUUCCAACUGGAAAUUCUACCGUUAAUUUAGUUUUGUAUUUGUACGUAGUUAAUUGUAACACGACUUACUGUAUUCGAUCUCAAAAAAAGAAAACGUUACCAUGACAUCAAUGUAUUUCAAAAUCCAUCACGAAUUAACAUACCGAUACAUUGGAUAUACCUGCUAAUGUUUGAGUGCUUUUAUGCGGUUAGUCGAACUGUUUUUUACGAGGGAUGUUUCCAAAGUUCGGGGAAUUGCGCUCUAAUUAAUUGCGCAGAAUUUGUGCGAUCAGUUUCAGUCUGAUUCAGGAGUAUUUGGUGACUCUACAGACUCUAAAAGUACCGCUUUGGGUCGAGCACAGUUCCCGGAACUUCGGAAUCGUCCCUCGUAUAUUCAAUCGUUCACUAUGCGUGGUUGUGUGAUAGUUGAAAUCAUCGAAUAAGGAAUUUUCAGUAUUAUAUUUCAGCUUUUGUUCGUUAGUUUAGGUAGGUUUAAUUUGUGCUCAAAGUCACUUACGAGGGCGUGAAUAAAAAUUAAAAUAGGUGAAAGCUGGUACAUAUUGAAUUGGAUUCUAUAAGUUAUUUAAACGUUACAAUCAAAUUUUUCUGUUACACACCAAAUCCGUCCUAAAGAGGAAAUUGUAAUCUUCAAAUAAAUUAAUUUGAAAUUCAAAUGAUCAGCACCAGCAUUUAUUUAGGUAAUGUUUGAACGUCCGAAGACGUAGUUGUCAGUAUUAUAUUUAUAUGUAUACAAUUCGACAUUCCAUUUGAGUGUUCACUAAGGAAUUAUACGCUAUAUAACAUAGAUCUGAGUGUUUUGUAGUUAAUGUGAUUUUAUCGGAGUUUAUUUCAAAGUAAAAAAUAAUGAUACAUUGUGCCUACUUUUUGAUAGAUCAGUAGGGCUGAGGCUUUAUUCUGUUGUAUGUACACCACAUAAAAAAUUCGAAAAUACAGUGCGUCCCUGAAGGGACCUCCUCUCGCACUGGGACACACUGUAUAUUACAUAAAGAUAAUCAAAAAUUUGUUCUUUGUUUGUCAAGUUUUUUUUUAUAUUUGCACUACUGACCUAUUGUUAGAUACUGCUGUUUGAUAUUCUAAAAAAUCCAAAAGGUAUUUUCGAAAUUUCUGUAGAAUUUGCUUGCACUGAUUUGGGAUAAUUGUGCCUUUGAUAAUUUCGAAUCGUUUUCACUGUCGCAAGUGCCUUGAAAAACGAUAUUUUGAACUACUGAAAAUCAACAUUAAAUUUAUUAGUUAUCGAAGAGUCUUUUUGGAUUUUAGAAUGUCUCCAAAAAUUACAAAUUUUAACAGAUUUUAA